GGAAUUUUCAUACAAAGAGCAAAAGUGGGUUACGCAAAGUUGGAAAUUUACAAGGAGUGGUUGAUUAUUUAGCACGUCAUCCAGGCCAGUUUAAAGUCUGUUUGUCCUCCAGCUUCAGGCAGUUGAGGUAAAAAUUGUUUAGUAUAUAAAUCUGCUGAAUUACUUUAACUUUUUUUUGCAUCCAGACAAAUGAAUCUAUGUAUGAAUUUAAAUAAAUGCUUUAGUCACUUUAGGCAUUCCAUACAUUUUUCCUAAUUGGACAGGAAGACUAAAUCACAGAGCUGAAAAAAAAAAAAAAAAACACCUCCUACCGCCUGAGGAGUUCUCUACAAACUCGAAGACGUCAAACAGGCGGUGCCAGACUUCAGCUCGGAGUCAUCCAGAGGGGGGCUGACUGCUGCUGUUCAUUGUCUGAGCGUGCAGCAGCAGCAUGGAGGCAACCAAAGCGGAGGAGGGCUCGUCUGACCAUGAGGCGACCGUGUUUGGAACAUCUGAGCCAGAAGGUCAGAAGGGCACGCCUGAGCGGAGAAAGAAUCGGAUUAAGCACCCUAAGAUCAUUGCUGGGGUUCUGCUGCUUAUUUUACUGAUCGCCAUCCUGGCUGCACUGAUUUCCAUGAAAUCAAAGACUCACAGAAGAGGAGGGGAGCUCUGGUUGGAGCAAGAACCUCAAGAACUUCACCAGCCGAAGUGUCCAUCAGGUUUUUCCCGACCCCCCCUGAUCCUGGUGUCGCUAGACGGUUUCCGGGCGCAGUACCUGAAAGACCACCAGAACCAUUUACCGAUCAUCAGUGCUUUGCGAAACAGAGGAACAACAGCUCCAUACAUCAGACCUGUCUACCCAACAAAGACCUUCCCCAACCACUACACCAUCGUCACCGGUCUUUAUCCCGAGUCUCACGGGAUCGUGGAUAACAAGAUGUACGACGUGACUCGAAACGCCUUCUUCAGCUUGAGAACAGACGAGAAAAAUAACCCCAAGUGGUACCAAGGAGAACCGAUUUGGAUCACCGCCAAACGUCAAACACUAAAAGCAGCCACUUUCUUCUGGCCGGGCUCCGAUGUGAAAAUCAACGGCACAUUUCCGAAUAUCUACGAGAAGUAUAACAGAGAUAUCACGUUUGAGACCCGAGUGUCAACUUUGCUGAAUUGGCUCAGUUUACCUGAAGAGAAGAGACCAGACUUUUAUACUUUGUACCUGGAGGAACCUGAUCGUUCUGGCCAUGGUUAUGGUCCAGAAAGUUCACAGGUGAUUGAUGCUUUAAAAACAGUGGAUGAUAUGAUCGGUGAACUGAUGGACGGGCUGACAGAGAGAAACCUGCAUCACUGCGUCAAUUUAAUCAUCAUGUCUGACCAUGGGAUGGAGAAGGCUUCAUGCGAAAAAGCAGCAUUUGUGUCGAAUUACCUUCCUCACACGUCCGACUUUGACGUAAUCCAAGGCCCGGCUGCUCGCAUCAGACCAAAGCGCCUCCCAGAAGAUUACUUUUCCUUCGACUACGAAGGGCUAGUGAGGAACCUCUCGUGCAGCGCCGCUGACCUGACAAUGAGGCCAUACCUCAAAGAACAUCUCCCUAAAAGGAUGCACUUCGCCAACAACAUCCGCAUCGAGAGGGGCCACCUCUACAUGAAGCCGGGCUGGCAGGCGGCGCUAAGCCAAAAGGAGGUCAAAUACUGUGAAGGUGGGUUCCACGGAUCAGAUAACAUCUUCACCAACAUGCAGGCAAUUUUCAUCGGUUACGGCCCAGGAUUUUUACAAAACACAGUCGUGCCCCCCUUUGAAAAUAUUGAAGUCUAUAAUCUCAUGUGUGAUCUUCUUAAUAUCCGUCCAGCUCCAAACAACGGGACCCACGGCAGUCUGAACCACCUCCUGAGGAAUCCUGUCCACCGUCCAGUGCACCCCGCUCAGCUGUCGCAUGACACCCCCUGUGAGGCCUCAGUACCAGCCUACCCGUCCCAGUCGCUGUGCAACUGUUCAUCUCUAACCGUCAGAACGGAGACUUUAAUGAACGAAGUUCUACUAGCUAAUACCACCAACAAGGACCAAAUACGUCGCCUCCACCAUCCUUACGGCACGCCGGGAGUCGUCCAUUCAGGUGCAAACUUCUGCCUACUUUACCACUCGGACUACAUCAACGGCUACAGCAAAGACCGCCUCAUGCCUCUGUGGGUGUCCUACACCAUGCGGCCUCUGAUGAGAAUACCAGAGCCGAGGCUGGAGGCAGACGGGUGUAUUCGUGCAGAUAUACGCGUCCCACAGGCCUCUAGCCAGAAGUGCCUUCAACUCAAGGGUCACCACAGCCUGACCUAUGGCCUGAUGCACCCCCACUAUUUAAACAGCAGCGGUCCAGAAACAGACUCUCUGAUGGACAGCAACAUGGUGCCAAUGUUUCCUGCAUUUAAAAAGGUUUGGAACUAUAUCCAUCAAACCCUGUUGACAAAAUACUCACAGCACCUUAACGGAAUCAACAUCCUCAGCGGGCCAAUAUUUGAUACGGACUAUAAUGGGAACGUUGAUCCUAUCGGAAAUGUUUCAGGGAAGGAACCCUCCAACCCAACACACUUCUUUUUGAUUCUAACCAGUUGCCAAAAUGAGACUUUCUCCCCCAAUAACUGUGUCGGUCCACUGAAGGUCCAGUCUUUUGUUCUUCCUCACAGACCGGACUACUCUGAGGUCUGCAAGGAGUCAGAUUUGGAGUUUGUAGAGAGCUGGAUGUCUUUCCACGCCGCUCGGGUCAGAGACAUCGAGCUCCUGACAGGACUCAGCUUCUACCACAGCAGGAUAUCAGUGGAGGAAACACUGCGACUCAAGACUUUUCUAGACACACAGCGUGCAGUGGAAUACUCAAGAAAUUGAUGAUUUUUUUAAUACAUUUUUAUCUUUUUGUUUCCUAUUCAAGGUCAUAUUUUUUCAAAGGACUUGACAUAAAAGGUUCACAUUUUUAUGAAGUACAAACUUUAAAAAAUGUAAAUGUGAUGGAUUACUGUGUUGGAAGGAUUUGAAUAAAAACACAGAAAUCCUUAACAUGGAAAUAUCAAAUGAAUAAUUGCUUAAAAUGUUUUAUCUUCUGCCAGUUGUCAUUUUUUGUACUUUAUGUUCUUGUAUUAUGGUAAAUUUAUCGAAUUUUUACUCAGUUUUCCAUCUGUUUGUAUUCAUGGAUAGAUUCUGGAGCCAGUUCACACAUUUUGUGAGAAGCAGAAGGGCUUUUAUCCCUCCAGAUAAGGAGGUUGAUGAUAAAACGACUCUAGAGAUAAAUCAACAACCCAAUGGUUUGUAUGGAGCCAAUCUGGAAUCUGUUUUGUUUUUACUUGAAAACUCUUCAUUUCUCGAUUCUGAUCUGUCCAAAAAUGAACUCCACCCUGAAGCUACGUUCACACUGCCCUUUCAAGUAUCCACUU